UUCGCUGUUGCCUCUCAUCAGCUGCGGAUCUACUCGUUGAUCGAGCGGGUCCACGAAUUCGUCUCGCCACUGUUCCGUUUCGCGCGCGAUUGAAAGAACAGCCGUUUAAAGAGAGGAGAGAGAAAAGAGUCUCGUCAAGUUUCGGAGAUCCUAGAUUUUAAAAUUCCGAAUUUUUCUAGUGUCGUUCUAGUGUCUGUUUUUUUUUCAAUAACAGAGAAAUAUCGAAACAGUUGAGUUCGGCCAAGUUCCGGAAAAGUGAAUCGCCCAACGCCUGUUGCACGACGAGCCAGAAGACGACGCGGUGCGGGUUGUUCUUCAUGUGUGGCUCCCUGGAGAUCGGCGAGGAACGCCAGCGUCGGGUCGCUAUGAUGGAGUCCCUGUGCCAGGUGAACGGCACGAAGAGCAACGGCGGCAGCAACGGGGCCAACGAGAGCAACGCCAACAACGGGAACAACAACAGUCACAACAACUCAGACUGUCCGGAUCCGCAGCAGAGGCUGGCGGUGCUCAGUUUCGAGCAGGUACGACGAUUGAACGACGUGAUGAACGAGGUGGUGUGCAUCCACGGCCGUGGAAACUUCCCCACGUUGGAAGUCCGUUUGAGAGACCUGGUGACCGUGGUCCGUAGCAAACUGGAGUCCGACCCGAGCAAUGGCGGUGCCGGUAUGAGGGUACGCGACAUAAGAUUGAACGGCGGCGCUGCCUCUCACGUUUUGGCCACCGAGUCGCAGCCGUACAACGACCUGGACCUGAUAUUCGCGGUGGAGCUGUCGAGCGGCCGAAACUACGACAAGGUGAAGGCCGCGGUGCUCGGCUCGUUGUUCGACCUGCUGCCGGAAGGUGUCAGCCGUAAGCGGAUCACCACGUGCAGCCUGAAGGAAGCGUACGUGAGCAAGAUGGUGAAAGUGAACAACGACGGGGACCGAUGGUCCCUAAUCUCCCUUGGGAAUUCCCGUGGCCACAGGAACGUCGAGCUGAAGUUCGUCGACUCGAUGAGGCGGCAGUUCGAGUUCUCGGUCGACUCGUUCCAGAUCGUGCUCGACUCGCUCCUUCUGUUUUACGAGUGCAGCAAGCUGCCGAUCGGCGAGAACUUCUAUCCGACGGUGGUCGGCGAGUCGGUGUACGGUGACUUCCAAGAGGCGUUGUACCACCUUCACAAGAAGCUGAUCUCGACGAGGCAUCCGGAAGAGAUACGCGGCGGCGGCCUGCUCAAGUAUUGCAACCUCCUGGUCAAGAUGUACAAGCCAUCUCAGCCCGAUUACAUAAAGACCCUCGAGCGGUACAUGUGCUCGAGAUUCUUCAUCGAUUUCCCCGACAUCAGCCAGCAGCGCGCCAAACUCGAGAACUACCUGUGGAAUCACUUCGUCGGGCCCGAGGAGGAAGCUCUCAAGUACCAGUACCUGAUGUUGCUCCACAGCGUGGUCGAGGAGUCCACCGUGUGCCUGAUGGGCCACGAGAGACGGCAGACACUCGCGCUCAUCGAGAACCUCGCCUACCAAGUGUUCUGCCAGGAGCAACAGCAACGGCUGACGAAUCAUCAGCAAGCACCGCCCGGACCACCGGCCACCUACGUUUACGCGAACGGUUACUAUUACGCUCCAGUGAUACCCACCGCGUGCUACACGUGCACCUGCAACUCGUGGAUGGCGUGCUCGUCGUGAUGCGACAUUGACGCCAAUGCCAUCGUCGCCGCUAGCACCGCCAUUAUCACCGCUACGACCGCCACCGGUACCGUCACCGACGUCCGCGAUAUCUCUACCAUCUUCGGAAAUCAUCAAACUACCGACGAACCUCUGCUCACCGACCGGCAAGGCGAACGUCCUCGCUCGGGCCACCAUCGACGCGACGCUGAUCGCUCUAGUUCCCAUUUGGUCGAAAAUCUCGAGGAGCAACGACGAUGUCGAUCGUCGAUCGUUCGCGACAACAGGCCAAAGCAGCAGCGGAGUUGCUUGUUCCUCAGUUGACGCUUGGACACUCGUCGAACGCCGAACAACACCGAUCGAGAUCCGUAGUGUGACGUAGACGAGAGACGUUCUCGUCGAGAUAAAGGA